CAGCAGCGCAGCCAGCUCCGGUCAGGAGGGGAGAAGGCAGCAGGAGAUGGCCGACUGAAGACAGCUUUAACCCCGCAGCUUCGUAGGCGACGUUCCCUUUGCGAUAACACAUUUUCGGAGGUGAAGUGGAAAAAGAGGACGCGUUAAAUACCUCGCUCCGCUUCCACUAUGGCGGAACAAAACAGCAACGUCCGGUAUCAGGAGCUGGUGAACCAGGAGGAGCCCCCCCAGGAGGGUCCGGCCCAGGACGCACCACCGCCCUACAGCAGCGCUACUGCAGCGAAUGCAGCUUUCUUUGAAUACAAGGAAGAUGGAGGAAGAUUUCCCAACCCUCCGUCGUACAGUGUGGCCACCACCCUGCCCUCGUACGACGAAGCUGAGAGAAGCAAAGUGGAGACCGCCGUCCCUCUGGUCCCUGGAAGAGUCACCGAGGACGACUUCGUGGCCAGAGAUGACUUUGAAGAUGCUGAUCAGCUGCGAAUAGGAAAUGACGGCAUCUUCAUGCUCACGUUCUUCAUGGCUUUCCUCUUCAACUGGAUUGGCUUCUUCCUGUCGUUCUGUUUGACCACGUCAGCCGCUGGUCGAUACGGAGCCAUCUCCGGCUUCGGCCUGUCCCUCAUCAAAUGGGUUCUUAUUGUCAGGUUUUCCACCUACUUCCCUGGUUACUUUGACGGACAGUACUGGUUGUGGUGGGUGUUCCUGGCACUGGGCUUCAUGCUGUUCAUCAGAGGCUUCGUGAACUACUCCAGAGUGAGGAAAUUAGCCGAUCCCGCCUAUGCCACUCUUCCCCGGACAAGGGUACUCUUCAUCUAUUAGAGGACGGUGGAAGUGGAAGAACUGGACAGCAUCAACACAAGCGGUGACUCUGUGACGAGUCUGAUUUAAACUGAAGACGCAUAACACAAGAAAUCCACCGGACGAGUUAUAGAUGAAGACGACUCUAGAUUAAAAUAUUCAGGAAUUAUAUCACGUCUUUUAUUAUGUUUUUGAAAUUUUAUUAAUGGAAGAGAAAAUGUUAAUGGUAAUAGUCCCUCGUUGUACUCAUUAGUGGUGAAUGUUAAUUGCUAAUUACAUCUCAGUCUGUAAUGUAAAACUUAAGCCUUAUAUCAUUUGAUGGUAGCAUGCGUCUGCCCUUAAGGUCAUUAAAUGGAGAGCGUCUCAUGUUGGUGACACUUGAAGCCAACAGGUACGGAUUAAUACAGAACUCUGUAGACUCGUCAUAGCAUGUAACACACUUUGUAAUCCGCACUUAAGGUUUUAUUGCAACUAUUAUAGGAUGUCUGUAGAUGCCACAUACACGUAAUCAUCAUCUUUUGAAUUAUAAGGUCGUGAAUGCUUAUAUACGCAUCACACUCACCUGUUGGCUUUAGGUAGUGUUGCCCUCUUUAUCCAGAAGGAGGCAGUGUUGUUCUCUAACUGAAGAGAGGACAACUGUUUAUCAAGGGCAGCGUCAUUAUUAACAACUUCAUGCUUGUGAAUCAGAUGCAGCGUCAGUGGAGCACAGAAACCACAGCCAUGUGGCAGAUGUUAUGAUUUUUACCUGUUAAAUGUUUUGAUGUAAAGUCAGGUAAAACUAUCCACCUUGAGAAAAGGAGUUUAAGUUCCAGAUAUGAUCUCUAGAUAAUGCAUUCUCCUAAAAACAAGAACAACCUGUAAUUUAAAAACCAGGCGACAAAAAAUGUCAAACCCCCUCGAGUGGAACCUCGGCUGACAGUGAUGGGACGACAACCUGAGAGCAUUUUUCCGGGCGUGCGAGCACAUUUUCUGGUUCUCGUCCUUCAAAAGCUCAUUGAGAUGCAACUGUGUGACCCCCCCCCCCCCCCCCCCCACGACUCCUCGGUGAGUCAGUGGAGUCAGCAUCACAUUCACUGUCAGCGGAAAAGCUCUGUGAUUACAGAAGAGAGUGUUUGGCUCGCAGGAUUCCAGCUGUUAACGAUCUCGCUGCAGCGUUCAGAUCAAUUUAUCUAAAAGCUCAAAUUCCGUUUUCCAGCUGGGUUUUGCCUUUAAGAUCUAAUUGACAGUUGGGGGGGGAAAUCUGAAGGAAGGGCUUGUUAUGAUUUUUUUUCUUCUUUUUUUUCUUUAGAUAAGUCUUCAUUGGGUGUAAAAUGUUAGCUAAAUUGUGGGUAUUAAAUAUAUAUCAAAGAAUGUCGUAUGCAGGUGCACUUUUAGAAACAUAGCCGAUAAAAUCCAAAGGAUGCUCCCAUCAAAUCUCAAAUGUAAAGAUCAUGAAAUAAAUGACCCAGCGGUGCAGGAGUUAGUUCCUGUUUCAUAAUCUGGAGGAACCAGCGCGUCAGGAUAAUAAUCUCUUUCAUGAUGACAGAUAACUUCUUCAAUGGCUUUGAUUCAGACUCAUUAUGCUUUUUUUCUGUGUAACGUAGAGCUGCAGCCUUUGGGGUAUUGUUGUUAUGAAACUGUACAGAAAUCAUUUAGUGUUAAAUAAAUGUCACUUUUAACGAGUCA